AGCAUACACAUCAUAUUUUUUAGACGACGAUUGGGCUUAUUUUACGAAAACCGUAAACAGAAAAUACCAAUAACCGGCGUUGACCGCCGACACUAACGAAAUAUAAUACAUUUCAAUUUCAAUCAACGAGGGUGGUGCAAGUGAUGCGACAUUCUCCUGAACUGAAUACGGCACAGAGGCACAUCUAUUGUGUCACGAAACAACAAACAGCGCGAGACGUGCAAAUUGUGCGAAUAGUUGCAAUUUAAAUAGAAAUUUACGGGAGCCAAGCGGCAGUCAAGGUCUUUUGCUGUCGACGAUAAUUUCUCCCAAUCUCUCCACACGAACAUCGCACAACUAUUUGUAAAUAAAACGAAUGCAAACACCGCCAGACAAACAUCGCUCAUCUAAAUGAAAAGGUUUAUACAGAAUAAACAGUGACAGUGAAUAAUGGUGGAAAUGAAGGACACUGUGUGCCCUUUGCUAUGUGAUCCAAACUGCUACACACCUGAUACCAUUGAUUUGGUGAACAAUGACAAGGAGAGACAAUAUUGGUUCACUUGUUUGCAGAAGAUGGUAGAGAAGUUUAUUGACAAGGCUGGUGUUCUUAAUCCAGACUAUCCAGAAGCCACUGAUGUGGCUAAAAAGUGUUUCAAUAGUUUUGCAGAAUUGAUUCAACAAUUACAAAAAGAUCCAAAUAUAUUGAAUCAAUUAAGUAUAAGAACAUUGCUGGAAUUCAAUGAAAAAACGCUGAGAGAAAAUAAUUUUAAGGAUGCGUGGCAGAUGCAGAAACAGCAGGAGACGGAGGCGGCGUUCCGUGAACUGCCGUACCGAUUGAAGCAUCUUGAUUCGCUCGUGGACGCGCAGGAAAGAUGGCUGCAGAUUGGGUCAGGCAUGCUCGCCGGCAACAUGUUCGAUUGGGGUGCUAAGGCUGUGACAGACAUUUUAGAAAUCUCUGAUAACUUUGGUUUGCAGCAGGCUAUGCAGCUCAUCCAGAAACGUCCCUGGUUUAAGGAUGAUAUGAAUGAAUGGGUGCAACAUGUGCAAAGACGUCCGUACAAAUUGGCGGUGAUAUUUGUGGAUAAUGCUGGAAUGGAUUUCGUGCUUGGAGCUUUACCAUUCGUACGAGAACUUCUCAAAGACAAUACCAAAGUGAUUCUUUCUGGCAACACAUUGCCGGCGCUCAACGAUAUCACACAUCGCGAGCUAGAUGACUGCCUACAACGCGCCAAAACGCAUUGUCCUAUCAUUCGCACAGCUAUUGAUCAAUCGCGGUUAAUAGCGAUGGAGAACGGCCAGAGAGGACCGUGCUUAGAUCUCAGUAAUUUAGAUAAAGAUUUAUGCGAAGCAAUGAUACAAGCAGAUCUGAUCGUCCUGGAAGGUAUGGGCAGGGCGAUACACACCAACUACAAUGCCAAAUUCAAAGUCGAUAGCUUAAAAAUCGCUGUGCUGAAAAAUGAGUGGUUAGCUCACAGUCUGGGCGCGGAACAGUUCUCUGUCGUCUUCCGGUUUGUACCGGUUUAGUGGGUGCCAUGGUUUUUAUUAUUUUCAUUAACAUGAAACGGUUUAUCUACUUUUUAAAGAGAAAUGUGUACUUUAGUACAACGUACCUGAAGUGUAAUAAAUAUAGAGUUUUAUCAAAUUGAUGAUUGGAGUGUGUAACGAAUGAAUAUUAAAUGAAAAUAAGCUUUAAAUAUAGUUGUAACAUAAAACAAA